AUGGACCUCACCAGACUCAAUCUGCCAGACUGGUCCACCCAACCCCUCAUUUACAUCGGCCUAGCGACCCUCCUCUACGCAACUUUCCAACUAGCCAGCCAAGCCAGCGUAUACUUGCACCGCGGUACGCUCCAAAAGCGCUACAACCAACCGAACCAAUCGAACUGGGCUCUCGUCACUGGCGCAACGGACGGCAUCGGAUUCGGAUUCAGCCAGGAGCUCUGCGCACGCGGAUUCAACGUGAUUCUGCACGGGCGCAACGCGACAAAGCUCCAGCGGCGACAAGCAGAGCUCGCCCGCGAGUUCCCCACCCAGAAAACAGGAAUCCUGUGCAUGGACGUCACAGCAACAGACGAAACGAUCGAUCUCCUCCCUGACAAAAUUCAUAAAAUCACACACAUCGCCGCGGAACAAGAAGGCAAAUUGACCGUGCUGGUCAACAAUGUCGGCGGCGACCACGGCACCGCAUACCGCGCGUUCUCGACACUGAGCUACGCCGACACAGAGUUGUCUAUUGCGCGCAAUGCGUCGUUCAUGGCGCACGCGACGCGCGUGCUGCUCCCGAUUCUGGCGCGCAAUGCGCCGGGUCUCAUCCUGAAUGUCUCUUCCGCUGCGGCAUAUGGAAUGCCAUAUGUGUCGCUGUAUAGCGGGACGAAGGGGUUCGUAAACUCGUUUACGUUGGCGCUGGAGGCGGAGAACAAGGCUGAGGGGUUGGGGGUUGAGGUGCUUGGUUUGCGCGUGGGACAGGUGCGCAGCGCAGGGCUGGAUUAUGUCAAGCCGGGCUUGUUUGUGCCGGACUCGCGCACUAUGGCGGCUGCGGGACUGGAUCGUGUUGGAUGUGGCCGGGUUAUUGUGACGGGGUAUUUUUGGCAUUGGCUGCAGUGUAUCUCGCUGGAUCUCUUGCCGCGGUGGUUGAUGAUGAAGGUUACGGUUGGCAAGAUGCAAGAGCUGAAAGCGAAGGAGGAGGAAAAGAAGAACAAGAAGGUAUGA